AUGGCUGCUCGUCAUUCUCGUAAGCUUCUGCGACCGCUGCUCUACACUUCGGCCGCGGCGGCGGCCGGUGCCGGAGCGCUAUACAUUUCCUACCGUCCACGAAACAUCCCCGGUCUCGAAGGUCCCGCUGUGCCCUCCCCCGGUUACCAUGAAGGCAAACUGGUUCCCCCCAGCUUCCCUACCAUCAAAUCUCGUCUCCAGCAGAUCCAGGACUUGAAGAAGAGCGAGGCUUCCGAUGAGAUCUACGACCUUCUGGUCGUCGGAGGUGGUGCGACCGGUACGGGCAUUGCCCUCGACGCCGCUACCCGUGGCUUGAAGGUGGCGUUGGUCGAGCGGGAGGAUUUCAGUUCCGGAACGAGCAGCAAAAGUACGAAGAUGGUGCACGGUGGUGUGCGUUAUCUGGAAAAGGCAUUCUGGGAAUUAGACUAUAAUCAAUACGCACUCGUAAAAGAAGCGCUUCGAGAGCGCCGGUACUUCUUAAACACUGCCCCUCAUCUUUCAUCAUGGCUGCCCAUUAUGGUGCCCCUGCAGAAGUGGUGGCAGGCUCCUUAUUUCUGGGCCGGUUGCAAGGCCUACGAUUUCCUGGCUGGAUCCGAGGGAAUCGAAACCUCUUACUUCUUGACAAAGAGUAAGGCCAUUGAGUCAUUCCCUAUGCUCAAGCGUGAAAACAUUGUUGGAGCUUUGGUGUACUACGAUGGUGCACACAACGAUUCUCGUAUGAACGUCUCCCUUGCCAUGACCGCGGCGCUCUAUGGCGCUACCGUUGUUAACCACAUGGAGGUCACCAACUUGACCAAGGACGAGUCCGGCAAGCUGAAUGGAGCUCGUUUGAGGGAUAUGAUUCCUCCCAAGAAUGGAAAGCCCUCCGAGGAGUUCGGCAUCAAGGCCAAGGGUAUCAUCAACGCCACCGGCCCUUUCUGUGAUGCUAUUCGUAAGAUGGACGAGCCCGAAACCCAGGAAAUUGUUGCCCCUAGUUCCGGUGUCCACGUUGUGCUCCCCGGAUACUACAGUCCUGAGAGCAUGGGUCUGAUUGAUCCCGCCACCUCUGAUGGCCGUGUCAUCUUCUUCCUGCCAUGGCAGGGCAACACCAUUGCCGGUACCACCGACGCACCCACCACCAUCACCCAGCACCCCGAGCCCUCAGAGAAGGACAUUAACUGGAUUCUGGACGAGAUCCGUGGCUACCUCGCCUCGGAUAUUACUGUGGAGCGCAGCGAUGUUUUGGCUGCGUGGUCUGGUAUCCGUCCUCUGGUCCGUGACCCAGCCAAGUCCAGCUCUCAGGCUCUCGUCCGUAACCACUUGAUCUCCGUUUCCAAAUCCGGUUUGUUGACCUGCGCUGGUGGUAAAUGGACGACUUACCGGCAAAUGGCCGAGGAGGCUGUCGAUGAGGCUAUCAAAGCCUUCAAGCUGACCCCUCGCAAGGUCACUGAUGUUCCCGAUAUCAGUGGUGUCGGUGGGAGUGGACUGGUAGCGGACGGUGCGACUUUGGACGGCACCUGCCAAACUCACCAGGUUCGCCUGAUCGGUUCCCACGGUUUCUCCAAGACUCUCUUCAUCAACCUGAUUCAACACUUCGGUCUCGAGACCGAUGUCGCACAGCAUCUGACGGAGUCCUACGCGUAUCCCCCCCUCUACCCCUUCGUGGAUGGCGAGGUCCGCUAUGCCGUUCGUCACGAGUACGCCCAGACUGCCGUCGAUGUUGUUGCUCGUCGCACCCGUCUGGCCUUCCUGAACGCCGAGGCUGCAUUGGAGGCCUUGCCCACCAUCAUUGACUUGAUGGGUGAGGAACUGGCCUGGACCAGCCAGCGUAAGGACCUGGAGUUCAAGGAUGGCCUCACUUUCCUCCGCUCUAUGGGUCUUCCUGAGAGCUUCCAGAGUUUGUCCCGCUGGGAGGUCCAGAAGGGCAAGGUGAAGGAUAUUGAGGUGGAGCAGCGCAAGAGCUUCUCUCGUACUGACGGACUACCAAUGGACUGUCCAAAUGCUUCUGCUAACUGGUCUCCCAAUUACUCCUCUCGUCUUCUUUACUUCUCACCCAGCACUAUGGAGAUGAAGCCGCCAGGCGCCAGGCCUACGCGAGAUUCGUCCAAAGAUGAUACCGAGCUUGAGCCGGGAGUCGCUGAUAUCGAGACCCAACCGGCGGCUCACGAUUCGCUGGACCCCUUUGGCGAUGAGAGCAGUGCUACGGUCAAAUACAAAACGAUGGCAUGGUGGUCGGUGACCGGCGCAUGUCCAGUGCACAUUGGCUUCACUGACAUCCAUCUCAGGCAGGCAGGAAUGAGUGAGCAGGUCUCGAACCGAGACUUUCCCGCCCCACGACUAACACCAACAGUCAUGAUCGCAGAGACCAUCUCUUUGGGCAUCCUGGCUCUACCCAAGGCACUUGCUGUUCUUGGUCUUCUACCGGGAGUAAUGACUAUCUUGAGCAUUGGGAUCAUCUCCACGUACACAGGUUACACCAUUGGGCAGCUAAAACAGCGGCACAUGGAGAUUCAUAGCAUGGCAGAUGCCGGUGGCCUUUUCUUGGGUCAAUGCGGUUGUCGGGUGCUGGGAGCAGCGCAGCUAUUGUUUUUUGUGUUUGUGAUGGGGAGCCAUGCUCUGACGUUUUCCAUCAUGAUGAACGUCCUCACAGGACAUAGAGACUGUACCAUCCUCUAUGCAUCCAUCGGCGUGCUAGUCUCAUUCGUCUUGACUUUACCUCGCCGGCUGGAGCGACUAUCACAUCUCUCAUCUGUCAGCUUCGUUAGCAUUAUCGGUGCAGUGAUGGUUGGUAUGAUUGGGGUUUCUGCUCACCAUCUGCCACCUCCGGUGAUUGCGGUCUUUCCCCCACAUCCCACUGUGCAUGACGCUUGCCUGGCUUUGGCAAAUGUCGUUUUCGCCUAUGCCGGCCAUGUGGCCUUCUUCACUUUCUUUUCCGAAUUGAAAGACAUCCACGACUUUCCUCGGGCUCUUGCUAUGCUUCAAAUCUGUGAAAUGAUUCUGUACACCGUCACUGCCGUUGUGAUCUAUGUCGCUGUCGGGUCUGAAGUCACCUCUCCCGCGUUGAAUUCCGCUGGGAAGUGGUUCCGCAUCAUUUCUUAUGGCAUUGCAAUGCCUACUAUUGUGAUUGGAGGGGUGGUGAACGCCCAUGUUGCAGUCAAGUUUAUAUACAUCCGUCUGUUCCAAGGCACUGAUGCAAUGCACGCCCGAUCCCUUUCGGCCCGAGCGGCCUGGGCAAGCAUAUGUGCAACCCUGUGGAUCUUGUCCUGGGUGAUCGCAGAGGCUAUCCCGGUGUUCAAUGAUGUACUCGGGCUGACGGUAUGGUAG